AUGCAAUAACUAUUUUUUACACAGCCAUUGAAUGUUGCUUCAAAAAAAACAAUAUUCAAUGAAGAAAGAUAGAUAAUAGAGAUUGAAGCUAAAGAAGAGCAAGAUGAUAAAAAUGAUGAACAAACUUUGAUCUUAAGCUAAAAAAAAUAUCAAGUCAAAAAGCAAUUAAGACAGCUGCUUAAUAAUAAAUAAAACAUAUACUUGAAAGAAAACCUAGCCAGUCUUAAAAAACGUAAAAUAUUAGAAGGUUUCUCAGGAGAAACUCCGGCUCCAGUUUAAUAAUGCUUUUCCUUUUUCAGCUAAGCAUUGUAAAAUGCUCGUAGUCUUAGACUUAGAUCCUUAGAUAUCUCAGGAAUGGACAUUCACCCUCUAUUAGCAAUUGAAAUCGGGUAGGGUUUAUAACAUAAUGCCUCAUUAAGGGAGAUCAAUAUUUCAGGAUGCAAAAUGAAUAGUUUCUGCUUGCAAUACAUAUUUUCUUCCAUAACUAAUCAUAAAACUCUUUAAUCUAUAAAUUUAUACAACAAUCAAGGAUUUACUAUAGACCUAAUGAAUGACAUUAGCUAAUUUGUUUUUAAAGGGAAAAAUCAUCUUAAAAAACUCAAACUGACCCAUUGCAACAUAUCAAAUACAGCCAUGAGUUAUUUGUUAAGAAAUUUAAAAUAUUCUGAAACUAUUAAUGCUUUAGAUAUCUCAAUGAUGUAGUUUAAUACAGAAGUUUUAACAAGUUUAGGGAUUGCAUUAUAACAUUAUAAGGGUGAUAAAGUUUUAGAAUAUUUAAAUGUCUCUGAUACUAAUAUCAAAAAUGAGGGAUUAGACACUUUGGCAUAGAGAGUAAGUUGGAAUAUGAGGAAGAUAAAUUUAAAAGAACUGGUUUUAAGAAGAAACUUUAUUCAUUAGGUAGGUAUCGCAUCUUUAGAGGCUUUUUUAAGAAAGAUAUCACAACUAUAGAAGUUAGAUCUCUCAAAUAAUAAAAUAGAAGAAUUUACUUGCUAAGACUUACUUCAAAGAAAAAUGUAUGAAAUUAACCUAAGUAAUAAUGUCAUAAUGUGUUUUCCACCUUAGUUUUUUAUGAAUACUCUUGUAGUAAAUCUAUCAAAUAAUAAUAUAUCCAGCUAAGGAGCAUUUCAAUUGUCAAGCAUUCUUAGGUAGAAUCCUUUAUGGGUUGAACUCAAUUUAUCAAACAACUAAUUGAAAAGCGAAGGAUUUAAUUCAUUAAUCUUUGGUUUGAGGGAUAAUAGAAUGCUCAAAAAACUAAUAGUUGCGAAAAAUUAAUUGGAUGGGGAAGCUAUCAUUUGCUACAUGAUAAAUCAUGAAUAAGUAUAUUUUGAGCAUUUGGACAUUUCAUUUAAUCAAAUAAGACAUGCCAUUAUAUUUGUGCUCUUGAAAUUUAUAAAGAGUGGAUGCCUGAGAUGUUUACGAUGUUCCUAUUUAGAAAAAGAGGAGGAAAUUCGCAAAGUAGACUAAAAUGUUGAUUAAAAUGCGAAAUUUAUUAAAUAAGAUGAACAUUAAUAAAAAUCGAAUAAUGCAGCAUUUUAACUAACAUCAUUUAAUUUAAGGGAAUUAGAUUUCCAUGGAAAUAAGGAGAUUUUUACUCCUGUUGUGGCUUCCCUAUCAACUUAUUAUAACAAAAUAGAGAAACUAGAUUUAUCUUCUUGUGCCCCUAUUACAGACCAAGACAUAGAAUUGCUGUGUUUGUUUUUAAGAAAGUCUACCAUAAUACAUGAUCUCAAUUUGAGAGAUCUAAAUUUAGGAAACAUGAAAAAGGAUUGUAUCAAAAAAUUAAGUGAGGCCUUGUUUAAUAGUAGUAUCAAAUAUUUGAAUUUAAGUAAAAAUAGAAUGUAUAAGUAAAUUAAAAGACUCUUUAAUUCAAACAAUUUAGGAUCAAAUUACAAAUUAGAAGUUUUAGAUUUAAGUUAUAAUUAUUUGGAAGCUAAACAUGCUCCUAAUAUAGAAAAAAUGUUAAUGUCUCUUAAAAAUUUAUAGGAGGUGAAUUUCUCUAGAAAUUGCAUUAAUUUUGAAGGGUUGGCUGCUAUCAAUCGAUCUUUAUUUGCCAAUCGAACUCUAAAGAGAUUGAAUUUGUCCUAUCAGAAAUUGAGUGCAGAUGAUUUAUUGAUUCUAAGUUAAACUUUAGGAAAUGAAAGCCUUUAGGAACUAAACUUAGCCAAUAACCCAUACACGACAAAAUUAAAAACAUUCUUUUAUUAAUGUUCAACUCAGAAACAAGAAUUUUUGCAUUUAUCUUAAGUUUAUUUUGAUAAUGCAAAUUAUCAUAGUCUAAUGACAAUAAUAGAAAAUCAAAAGAGGAAUCUGUUCGGUGUUAAUUUGGAUUCUUGUAUCUUCUAAAAUAAAGACUUUUGUAAAUUUUUUGAGCAUCUUUCAAAAAGCAGAAAGCUUACAUACUUUGCAAUUAAUUACAAUCCUACAAUAUAUAAGGAUUUAGAAGGUACUAUUAGUUUAAUAUCGAAAUUGAAAAAUUUAAGGAUUUUAAAAUUAAAUUAGGUAUCUUUAGCGGACUGUUUCGUUAAUGCUCUUCAAGAUUGGUUUUCCAAAAUUGGAUGCUGCAAUUUAAACACUUUAGAUUUGAGUUAAAAUAAAUUAUAACAAUUAUGGUUGAAUAGUUUAUGUUUAGGGAUAAGUAAUAAUUCUUCAUUGAGGAAUUUUAUGUUAAACGAUUGUAAUUUAGGAUUCCUGAAUCUUACACCUUUAGGUAUAGCAGUUUCAUAAAAUAAAACUUUGGAAGUCUUGGAAAUCGCAAAGAAUUAGAUUAAGAAUAAUUUAGAUAAUUUCUUAACAUCGGCUUUGGAGAAUGCUUAAACUUGCAGAUUAGAGGAAUUAAAUUUAGCAGAAAACCCGUUGGAUAAGCAAUCAAUUUUAGAUUUGUUUAUUCCAAGAAUAUUAAAUAACAUGAAUGGCAAAAAUAUUAAAUUAAGGUAUUUAAAUUUAGCCAACUGUCAUUUACAAAUAGAUUUAUUCAAAGAUAUUUUACAAGGCCAACAACUAUAUAAAGAUAAUUACUCCUUUUAGCAUAUACUUAGUUUAAGCUUAAGCAAUAAUUAAUUAGGUGAUAACGUAGGAUAACAAUUAAAAUAAAUCAUUCAAAGCUCAACGAAAAUGAAGGAAUUAUAUUUACAGAAUAAUCUAUUUACAAGCAAUGGAAUGAUUUUAAUUUUUGAAGGAAUGUUUGCUAACCAAACUAUUAGAACUAUCAAUAUUAGCAGUAAUAAAUUGGAUGAUAUUUGGGUUCUAAAAUUAUAUGAGUAAAUCUAAAAUAAAGAAUUAAGUAAUUUAGAGUUUAUUAUGCUCAGAGAUAACAAUUUCACAAGAAUAGGUUUAAAGAAAUUGGCUUAGAUAAUAUUUAAAAUAAGAAACCUAUUCAUUGAUAAUAUAUGGUCAGAAUUGGAUGACAGUGAUGCCGAUAUAAUAUUACAACAAUAUACUAGGAUAGGAUAAACCUAUAAAUUAGAAUAAUCUGCUAUUCCUUAGUUUUUAAAGGAAAUUUAGAUAUAAAGAUCCAAUUUAACUGAUAAGUUUUGUGAGGUUCUAGGAAAAUAUUAUCCAAUGUUAGGCUUUAUUGAAUUUAUUGAUAUUUCUGAUAACCCUUUCAUCACAAUGUAUGGAAAAGUUUAUUUAUUUUUUCAUUUAUUUGAUACAAGUUAUGAAAGGCAUUAGUUAAAAGCUAUGUACAUAACAGAUUCUCAAGAAACAAGAAAAUUAUUUGAUGAUGGCUUGCUUAGAUAUCUAACCCUCAGAUUUCGUAAUUUUUUAUAUCCUCCAACUGAAAUCAAUGUUAUAAAGAAGCAAAAUAGUAAAGCCGAGGUAUUUGGAGUUCCAAACAAUUAACUUGACUCACAAGUGGGUGUCCAGUAGAUUAUAGGAGGUAUGUGUGGAUCCUGGUUGAUCCAUAAAAUUAAUAAGCUGAUGGCUUAUUUGGAUUAGAUAGAGCCUCCUUAGUUCAUAGUUAGUACACUCUUUAUUGGGAAAUUCCGAAGAAAUAAUAUUAAUAUUAAAAUAAUUGUUAUGAUAUUUUGGAUUACUUUCCUUGCAAUUAACUUGUUAUAAUUUUUAUAGAUUCUAAGUAGUCAAUAAAAACCAUUAGAUACUAUAUUGAUAGAUUAUAAUUAAACAUGUCCUGUUGAUAUGAAACACUAGACGGAAGAGUGUAAAAAUUUUGGUUACUCAAACUUUAUUAGCGAUGUAUAUUAUUUCGUCAUCGUAUUUGCAUCAACAAUUGCGAUUGAAAUAUCAUAAAUUAUUGUUACUGUUACGUUGAGAAGAAAAAUUUAGCCUGCAUUUUAAAUAGUGCAUCCAUCAUUAUUAAAAUAUCUUCACUCUUAAUUUCCACAUCAAAAAGAACUAUUUUUGAUGUUAUUUUCAAUUCUCAGUAAAAUAGGAACUUUCCCUGAAAGAAUAUUUUUAUCAUAUUUGUUAGUGCUAACAGAUGAUGGCUUAGAUUAUGAACCAGUUUAUUUUAAAUUGCAAGUUUAUAAAUAUAUUCUUGGGAUUAUUAUUCUGCUGAGAUAUGGAGAAACACUUUUAAUUUCGAUAAUUAAUUUAAUCAAAUUCAUGAUGGCAACACCAAGAAAAGACUAGGCUUUCUACCUGUCUUUAUUAUAAAGAAAUUUCCAUUACUAAAGCUACUAUGUUUUAAGUGAUAUAUUAGUUUCAUUAUGCCCAGUCUAAGGGUAUUAACUAACUAAAGCUAUCAAAAUAAAUUAUGAAAUAAUAGUCGAAACAUAUAGAAUUUUAACUAUAGAAUUGUUUUUAAUAAUUUUUAUUAGUUUCUUUUCAAGAGAGUUCAAUUACAUCAAGUAAUAAAAAUUUGACAAUACUGAUCCAUAUUGGUUUUUAAGUGGAUGGAUAAUUCUGACUUUGAUUAAAGCUAUUGUAACUAUAAUAAGUUCAUUAUUCACCAUUUUGACUGUAAGACCAGCAGUUGUUAAGCAACAUGGUUUUAAUUAAGCCUUAGCCAUUAAGAAAUUUUAUGAAAACAAAAGUGAAUUUGUUAGACCAUCUAACAUUAAGAUUGAGUAUCAUUUACAAUGUUUUGUGGAAAGAGAAAAGGAAAAGCAAGCAGAAAAAAUAGGAACACAAUAUGUUCUCGAUAACAGUGCUAGUUUAUAAAAUAAUUCUUAGAACCUAGAGAAUGAAAUCAAAUUUGAAAUGCAAAAAAGCAAAAUGGAUGAAAUUUAAGAAGACGUAAAAUUAGAAGCUAUAGAUGAAGAGGAUUCUCUAAACGAUGACCCAAAUAAAGUCGAAAAAGAUUCAGGUAAUAAUAAUAACUAAUUAGAAGAGUUUUCAUAUUCUUAAAUAGAUUAUUAAGAGCCUCCACACUAUCCUUUAAGACAAGACAGGCCCAAGUUUAAAUAUGUAAUUUGA